AUGUCAGAUUACCCUGCAAUACCUAAACCCCCCGUCAACUUCAAUGACUAUCUCAAGAUGAUCAACAACCCCGAUGGCUCCGUCACCAGGCCCAUCAUCUUACCGACCACCGCUGCAUCACCUGAUCACACUACCCGCAUCCCAGUGCUCUCCAAAGAUGUUACCAUCAACCCAGAUAAGAACAUUUGGGUCAGGAUUUUCCUGCCCCGAGAAGCACGGGAUACUUCCCCUCCUGCUGCUGGAGCUGCAAGAAAGCUGCCCCUCAUCGUUUACUUCCACGGCGGCGGUUUCGUGAUCUGCAGCGCCGCUGACACCGUUUUUCAUGAUCACUGCGCUCACAUGGCAGCGGAGAUCGGUGCCGUCGUCGUCUCCGUGGAGUACAGGCUGGCGCCUGAGCAUCGGCUUCCGGCAGCCUACGAGGACGGAGUGGAGGCGCUGCACUGGAUCAAGAGCAGCGGAGAGGCUUGGGUGUCAGAGCAUGCUGACGUGUCGCGGUGUUUUCUCAUGGGUAGCAGUGCGGGAGCAAACCUAGCGUACUUCACGGGCAUACGCGUGGCGGAUUCAGUAGGAGAUCUUGAGCCGUUGAAGAUCGGAGGGCUUAUCUUGCACCAUCCAUUUUUUGGUGGGAUCCAGAGAACUGGGUCAGAGGUGAGGUUGGAAAAAAACGGUGUACUGCCUCUGUGUGCUACUGAUCUGGCGUGGCAAUUAUCACUGCCGGAGGGCGUUGACCGCGAUCACGAGUAUAGCAAUCCGAUGGCUAAGAAAGCCUCAGAACACUGUUCAAAGAUCGGACGGGUGGGGUGGAAGUUGUUGGUGACGGGCUGUGAGGGAGAUUUGUUGCAUGACCGCCAGGUGGAGUUCGUUGAUAUGUUAAAGGUAAAUGGGGUAGAGGUGGAAGCAGAGUUCGUGAGGGGAGAUUACCAUGUGAUAGAACUCUUUGAUUCCUCCAAAGCUAAGGCCUUGUUUGGCCUCGUCAAAAAUUUCAUGGCUUAG